CGGGGCGCGGCGGGGCAGACGGCCGGGCGGCGGCGGCGGUCAAGGCGACGGUGGCCGCGUCGAGAUCCGUUGCGGGGCCCAAGACCCGGACGGGGUCGGGGUCGGGCGCGGCGAUGCUGCAGCUGCGGGACUCGGUGGACUCCGCGGGCACGAGCCCCACGGCCGUGCUGGCGGCCGGCGAGGAGGUCGGGGCGAGCGGCGGCCCGGGCGGGGGGCGCCCGGGGGCCGGCUCGCCUCUGCGCCAGACGCUGUGGCCGCUCAGCGUCCACGACCCCACGCGCCGCGCCCGCGUCAAGGAGUACUUCGUGUUCCGGCCCGGCACCAUCGAGCAGGCGGUGGAGGAGAUCCGCGUGGUGGUCCGGCCCGUGGAGGACGGCGACAUCCAGGGCGUGUGGCUGCUGACCGAGGUGGACCACUGGAACAACGAGAAGGAGCGGCUGGUGCUGGUCACGCAGCGGUCGCUGCUCGUCUGCAAGUACGACUUCGUCGGCCUGCAGUGCCAGCAGGUGGUCCGGGUGGCGCUCAGCGCGGUGGACACCAUCUCGUGGGGCGAGUUCCAGUUCCCCCCCAAGUCGCUCAACAGGCGAGAAGGUCUUGGGAUCCGAAUCCAGUGGGACAAGCAGAGUCGGCCGUCCUUCAUCAACAGGUGGAACCCCUGGUCCACCAACGUGCCGUACACCACCUUCAUAGAGCACCCGAUGGCCGGCAUGGACGAGAAGACGGCCUCCCUGUGCCAGCUGGAGAGCUUCAAGACGCUGCUCAUCCAGGCCGUGAAGAAGGCGCAGAGGGAGAGCCCGGGGCCGGGCCAGGGCAGCGGCGUGCUGGUGCUGGAGCGGCCGCUGCUCAUCGAGACCUACGUGGGGCUCAUGUCCUUCAUCAACAACGAGGCCAAGCUGGGCUACUCCAUGAGCCGCGGCAAGAUCGGCUUCUAGGCGCCGCUCCGGGCUGGGGGGCACGCGGGCCGCAGCCGCAGGGAUCUAAGCGGGUCGGAGUGAGCGGCGUCCCUGCUUUAGUCCCUCUUGGACGCUCGGUAACGGGGGCAAAGGCCAAGGACCAGACUGUCUCGUGCUGCUGGGCCCGCCCCACCCCCCACGCGGCAUGCGCCCCCGCCGACCCCCGCCGACCCCGCUUCAGCCGUGGAGAGGAGCGGGCGGCGCCUGCCCUCAGUGCCUGCCGUGCGAUGUCUACACUUGUGUCCGAUUUCGUAUUUUGGGACUUCGUGCAGUUUGCAAAAGUGAGCAGACGCGGCCUGUGCCCGCCGCCUCCCGGCUCCGCGGUGGGACGCGGAAGCGCCGAGGUGCGCCGGCAGCCCGGGCCUCGCCGGCACCGGCAGCUCCGGGCCUCGGCAGCUCCGUGCCGUCCUGGUGGUGUCUUGCUCAGCAGGGAGUCGGGCUUUGCUGUCCAGAACGCACUUCUAGGUUGGGGCUCCGUCCCUCAGGCCCUCGCGCGGCCCCCGCCCGCAGCUGGUGUGAACUCAGUGCCGGCCCCCAGCCUCCCCGCUUCUCAUGGUCUUGCGGCUUCACCCGCGCACGGACGAGCCCAGCACGGGGGCCGCCAGAGCGCACGGGCCCAGCGGCGCUCGCCGUGGUUCAGUAAAGACGUUUGGAACCAAA